AAUUGUCUGAGAUGUUUAGGCUCUUAGGUAAAAAAAAAAAAAAAAAAAAAAAAAAGUAUCCUAGAAAGUAAAUUAAUAUUUGCGUUCCUGACGAACGUUCCCACUCUGAGCGCUCAGUGAAUGCUUCUAGAAUAACUGAACCACACAUCUAAUAAAGGAGUUUCAGUGAAUAUUAGCGACGUCACUAAGAGGAAGACAAGAUGCCUGUGCCGGGGGCUGUCCGCUCCCUUUCGUCUUCCACCCGCUGGAACCUUCUGGCAAGAAGGGGAGAAGAAUGACAAGAGCAAAGUGCAUAUGAGGAUUCUUCCCCAGCCCCUCGUAGCUGGGCAAGGCCACAUGACUUGCUUUGGCCAACGAGAUGCGAGCAGACAUGACCCAUCACCUCCAGUGAGCUGCACUGAAGAGCUGGCAUGGGCUUCCCUGCGCUCUCUCUUAUCCUGGCCUGGGGACUGUGGACACUUGUGCUGGUAUGGAGGUGCCCUGAGGUUGAAGCUGCCUGAAAUGCUGAGCCAACACUUGGAGGGGGCACAGCUGUCCUACAUGAGAGGUUUCAGUAUAAAAGCAGUGCCCUUCCAGAAUGCCAUCUUGAAUGUAAAGGAACUUGGAGGGGCUGAUAAUAUCCGGAAAUAUUGGAGCCGCUACUACCAAGGAUCUCAAGGGGUAAUAUUUGUAUUAGACAGUGCCUCUUCAGAAGAUGAUUUAGAAACUGCUAGGAAUGAACUGCACUCAGCUCUCCAGCACCCACAGUUAUGCACUUUACCCUUUUUAAUAUUGGCCAAUCAUCAAGACAAGCCAGCUGCUCGAUCAGUCCAAGAGGUCAAAAAAUAUUUUGAACUUGAACCACUUGCACGUGGAAAACGCUGGAUUCUGCAGCCCUGCUCUCUGGAUGACAUGGAUGCACUGAAAGACAGCUUCUCUCAGCUGAUAAAUUUGUUAGAAGAAAAAGACCAUGAAGCUGUAAGAAUGUGAAAUCUGGCAAAGAACACGGGUUCCCAAAGGCCUUGAACCUAUCGUGUUAGUUUCUCAUUUUAGUUUUAUUUUGGUAUCAAGACUUUAAUGGCUUCAGUAUCUAUUUUCCUCUAGUUAUCUCAGACUCCCAUCUCUCUAUUAAAGUGAAUAUUCUAUAAAUCAGGUGAAUUAUCAUCGGCAUUAACGUCAAGUACACACUACUGAGAGAGAAUUUAUUCUCUGUUUACCACUAAUUAUCUUCACUGCAUGUCUCUUCCUUCUGUUAUUCUAAGCAGUUCUUCUAUACUCUGUGCUAAAAUGGAUGGAAUUUGUGGCUCACAGAGAUCAAAUCCCUUAUGAAGGACUCAGGGAGACUCCGAACUUUGACUCGUUUUCCCUGGGUUUGGAGGUAGAGUGUUAUGUGACUGGGGCUCCUCAUAAUAUGUCUGUUGUUUCGGGUUUUUAUUUUAUCUUACCAUGUUUUAUUUUUUAGUGUUUCGUAUACAGGCCUUAUAGAUUAUGAGAGAAAAAUGAGCACCAAAAAUUUCAAUUCAUCACCUUAUCAGAGAGGAAUCUCCUGCCAGGGUAAAAUUAACUUGGAAGAACUUAAAGACAAGAUGCAUCAUUUCCAUGAUUACAUCUGAAGUCUCACUCCCCUUUUAAGAGGAAGACUUUUAGUUUUUGAGAAGAGAGGGAAUUUAGGCACAACUCACGUGCCAUCGAUUACUUUUUCAUCAAGUCCUCAAAUAUUUUUCUAAUGGAAAGACUCCCCUGCGUAAAGUCAAGCUACAACAUAAUAUAGGUAUCUUUUUUCUAAAAAUCUUAAGUGUCUGAUUGAAAGAAAGAAUUUUUAAAAUGACAGAUGCAAUUUUUAAAAACAGCCGAGUGAAGUAUACAGUGGCUAGGGUUUAAGCUGGCGCGGAUUUGACAAAGAUAACAAAGACAGAAUCCCUAUAUUCAUCCAUUAAGUGCUAAUGGAGUUUAACGGAGUCGCUUAUUGUCUCCACUAGUAAUGAAAGGUCUAUCAGUAUUCCUAUUAUAAACCUCUAUUUUCAGGGGUUUCAGUGUGCCCUUAAAAAUGUGCUGGGGCUGCAGCAAAUCAUUUUAGGGCCUAGAUUCAGUCUUUGGAACUCAUUUUAUUUUUUUCAUUUAAUUUAAAUGAUAAGAUUGUAGCGACAAAGGUGCAGUUUUACUGAGGUUUGCACCUUUGACCUUUUCUAAAUCAAGAAUAAUCUAUGGACAUUGAAGUUUAUGGAUGUAAUACUCUUUGGCACAUUUUGUAGAUUUUUGACCACUUAAAAUGCAAAAUGGCCAAAUGAUACAAAUGUGCUCCUUUCACCUGAGCAAUAAAAACACGUUUGUAAUUUUUAGGUAGCAUAGACCGGUUCUCAAAUACCACAGACUCACACUGUAUUACAGGGUGAUGUCAUACCUUGUAAUUCUCCAGAAGAUAGACAUCGCUCAACUAUAGCUUUUGUGGUUUAAUCUCGUAGGUGGACUUUAAUGAAAUCAUUCCCUUUGAAACAUCGAACACUUCUUUAAGCUUUUUUUUUUUCUUCCCAUGGAACAGAUCCAAAAAGAUUCAUAUUCAAUCUUGUCUCCAGCAUCCUUGAAUAUUUUUACACUGUGUAAUGCGUGAGCAGCACAAAACUUUUAUUCCGAUGACCAGUGACACAAUUCCUGCGUUCGUUCUGUUCUGUCGUGCUCACGUUCUGUGACAAAUAAAUGAUGAUUAGGCAUUGCUUUCUCUGCAAGUUCAUUAAAUGUAGAAUGUUGUCUUUUUAAGAUACUGUGGCUGAGUGCUCCUAAGCCAUCUGUUAAAUGACUUCCCGUUGUCUGUGUGUGUGUGUGUUCAUGUGUGCGCCAGUGAUGGGCUUCUUCUCAGACCCACGACUGUCUGCAGUGUCUCAGCCGUCAGAAUGAAAACAUUAUCAAUCAGUACCCAACAACAGCUGUUUUUGACAAGUUUCUGUCUGACGCCUAAUGCUUUACAACUGUCAAUAAGGCUCCUUCUUUGUCUGGCAGUUCGGCGCUUGCUGUGUUGCUGCUUCCGUGCGGCAUCCUGUCCUUGUAACCCUAGAAUUGGCCGUGUUUUUGGAAAUCCACUUGGGGGGGGAGGGGGUUUGGACGGGCGAGUGUGGGUGGGUGGCGGGUGUGUGUGUACAUCUAUUCCUACUUUCCUGUAAAGUGCCACAGGUGUGUUAGUUUGCAUAUUCCAAUAUUAUAUAGGAAAAACAGUCUGUUAUGUAUUUCCUCACUUAGCUUCUUGUUAUAUUUAUGGAAGUCACCCGUUUUUGUACCUUCUUAGCUAAAGCAGUUGCCUUUUUGUAAUGGCAAUUAAUUUAUACGACAAAACUUUGUAUCUACUGUAGUUUAUAGUCUCGGUUGCUAAUUAACUGCCACAUCGCCCUGUCUUUCUAUUUUAAAAGAUCUGUAUCUAUCCUUAGAGGUUAACAGAUUCAUGUGGACAAUUGCCAGACAAGAAGACCUUGUAUUGUCCGUGAUUUAUAUAUGAUUUCCACUAUUCUUCAAAUGAAAAUAAACGCUGAGUAGAAUUGA